CUGCAGGUAGGGCUCCUGCGGGAAGAUGGCGACGGAUAAACAGAAGCAUGAAGGAAGGGUGAAGAUAGGACACUAUAUUCUCGGAGACACGCUCGGGGUAGGAACAUUUGGGAAAGUUAAAGUCGGGCAGCAUGAACUGACGAAGCACCAAGUGGCAGUCAAGAUCCUCAACCGACAGAAGAUCCGCAGCCUUGAUGUCGUGGGAAAGAUUCGCAGGGAAAUUCAGAAUCUCAAACUCUUCAGGCAUCCUCAUAUAAUUAAACUGUAUCAGGUGAUCAGCACCCCUACAGAUAUCUUCAUGGUGAUGGAAUAUGUCUCUGGCGGAGAGCUGUUUGACUAUAUCUGUAAAAACGGGAAGCUGGACGAGAAGGAGAGCAGGCGGCUGUUCCAGCAGAUCAUCUCAGCUGUGGACUACUGCCACAGGCACAUGGUGGUGCACAGAGACCUCAAGCCAGAGAACGUGCUGCUGGACGCUCAGAUGAACGCCAAGAUCGCCGACUUUGGUCUGUCCAACAUGAUGUCAGAUGGGGAAUUUUUGCGAACAAGUUGUGGUUCUCCAAACUAUGCUGCUCCUGAAGUCAUUUCAGGAAGGUUAUACGCGGGUCCAGAGGUGGACAUCUGGAGCAGCGGAGUCAUUCUAUAUGCCUUGCUGUGCGGGACUCUCCCGUUCGACGACGACCACGUGCCAACGCUGUUCAAGAAGAUCUGCGACGGCAUCUUCUUCACGCCUCAGUACCUGAACCCAGCCGUGAUCAGCCUCCUCAAACACAUGCUGCAGGUGGACCCCAUGAAGAGAGCCACCAUCAAGGAAAUCCGAGAGGAUGAGUGGUUCAAAGAAGACCUUCCUAAGUACCUGUUUCCCGAGGAUGCCUCCUAUAGCAACACAAUGAUCGACGAUGAGGCUCUCAAGGAGGUGUGCGAGAAGUUUGAAUGUACCGAAGAGGAGGUUCUGACUUGCCUGUACAGCCGGAACCACCAGGACCCGCUUGCAGUGGCCUACCACCUCAUCAUAGACAAUCGGCGCAUCAUGAACGAGGCCAAGGACUUCUACCUGGCCAGCAGCCCGCCCGAGUCCUUUCUGGACGACCACCAGAUGGCAGCGGCCAAGCCCCACCCCGAGCGUGUGCCCUUCCUGGUGGCCGAGGUGCCGCCCCGGCCGCGCCACACCCUGGACGAGUUGAACCCCCAGAAGGUCAAGCACCAGGGCGUGCGCAGGGCCAAGUGGCACCUGGGCAUCCGUAGUCAGAGCCGGCCCAACGACAUUAUGUCUGAGGUUUGCCGGGCCAUGAAGCAGCUGGACUACGAGUGGAAGGUUGUGAAUCCGUACUACCUGCGCGUGCGGAGGAAGAACCCAGUCACCGGGAUGCUGACCAAAAUGAGCCUGCAGCUCUACCAGGUUGACAGCAGAACCUACCUCCUAGACUUCCGUAGCAUUGACGAUGAAAUGGUAGAGACUAAAUCUGGGACUGCCACCCCUCACCGCUCGGGCUCCGUUGGGAACUACCGAACGGCUCUGAAGCACGAGGUGGAGGGGGGCGAGGCCAAAGGCGAUGCACCCGUCAAGGGGUCGGAUGGCUCCUUGGCGUCCUCGUUGACUUCCUCAGUCGACUCAACUGGUGGAGACUCCUUCCCCAGACCAGGGAGUCACACCAUAGAGUUCUUUGAGAUGUGUGCGAAUCUCAUCAAACUACUUGCACGAUAAUUUUUCAGCAUUAGCCUUUUGAGUGUCUAUAGCAAUAAGCAUGCAACCGAUAAAUGGCUCAAUUCAUCCCACCUGGAUGAGCUAGUUGUUCCAUGGCACUGAUGCAGUUUCGCCCCUUUGCUUGGGCGAACUUGGGUUGGGAAGGUUAUCCGAACGAUGAUUGCUAAGCCACUUUAUAGUAAAAGUAGAAUUUUUUUAGAUUGUUUUACAUACUUCUCGAUCAUAUAGCUGAAAAUUCCCAGAACACAUUUAAUCAUCCUACCAAUUUGUCAGAGUAAUACACUGAAUUAGCUGUACUGUAUUCAGUGAUGUUUCAUCCCUGUUUUGUAGAGAAAACAAGGCAAAUCUUGCCAGCACACAUUAAGGAAGUGGACGCGGGAAGCACUUUUGCACAGUUUUCUUGUACCUGCUGCUCUGAUUUUCAAAUUAGAUUAUCUGGGUGCCAGUGCAGAACUUGUAUGACGAGCUGCGCUGUGUCGAUGGGAAAAGGAUGUGAUCAUUAUUACCAAGGAAGUACACUGAUCCUGUACCUUUCUCCAGGAAGUGUUACAUUUUCUUUUUGUGUGAAUUUCAAUCAUUUUUAAAGGUUAGCUCUACAUGCCAUUUUGUAACAUGUUUAUUUGAAUUCAUGUGU